AUCAAUGCUUAGUACAGCUAUUUUUGUUUAUGCUGCAACAUCGCCAGUGAAUGGAUAUUUUGGAGGAAGCCUUUAUGCUAGACAAGGAGGAAGGCGAUGGAUAAAGCAGAUGUUCAUCGGAGCCUUCCUUAUUCCAGCAAUGGUGUGUGGAACUGCCUUCUUCAUUAACUUCAUUGCCAUCUAUUAUCAUGCCUCAAGAGCUAUACCCUUUGGAACCAUGGUGGCAGUGUGCUGUAUUUGUUUCUUUGUCAUUCUUCCGUUGAACCUCGUCGGUACAAUUCUUGGCCGCAAUCUGUCAGGACAGCCUAAUUUUCCAUGUCGUGUCAAUGCAGUGCCUCGUCCCAUACCAGAGAAAAAAUGGUUCAUGGAACCAGCUGUCAUUGUUUGCCUAGGUGGAAUACUCCCUUUUGGAUCAAUUUUUAUUGAAAUGUAUUUUAUUUUUACUUCAUUCUGGGCUUACAAGAUCUACUAUGUUUAUGGCUUUAUGAUGUUGGUUCUGGUUAUCCUCUGCAUUGUGACAGUUUGUGUGACUAUCGUUUGUACGUAUUUCCUGCUAAACGCAGAGGACUACAGGUGGCAAUGGACAAGCUUUCUUUCUGCGGCAUCAACUGCGAUUUAUGUUUACAUGUACUCCUUUUACUACUACUUUUUCAAGACAAAGAUGUAUGGCUUGUUUCAAACAUCAUUUUACUUUGGUUAUAUGGCAGUAUUUAGCACAGCUUUGGGAAUAAUGUGUGGAGCUAUUGGUUACAUGGGAACAAGUGCCUUUGUUCGUAAAAUCUACACUAAUGUGAAAAUUGACUAAGGAAAUUAGAAAAUUGAACUAUGGAUCAGUUCCUGUUUUCAAGGGGAUGAACUUGCACAACAAAAAGCGCGAGAAGAGAUUUGGGUUUUAACACUGGGCACUAUAUGGGUCUCCAUUUUGUGGAUGGCUUAAAGUAACAUCUAUUUCAUUGAUCCUAGGUUCUUACUGACUGCUUUCUCCAACUGUUCACAGCAAAUGCUUGGAUUAUAUGCAGUAGGCAUUACUACAGUACGUGGCUAAUCCUCCCCCCCUCAAAAAAAACAACAAACAAAAAACCUAGCUCAUUAAAGAUGAAUAGACUAGCUCUCUUCAGUGAAGAGGACAAACAGUUUAUUUAAAGCAUUUGUUCCAUUCAAUAAAAAGAGGGUAACUUGGCUGCUAAAACUACUUGAUUAGUAGUCUUCCUGGUACUUAACAUUUCUAAAUUAUGUAAAAAUGCUGUUCCAGAAAGAUUACUCUUCUGAUUUUUACUGCCAUUGCCAGGAUAGGAGGUAUGUUUUAUAUUUUGACUCCAGGUGCUUUUUAGUUUAUUUGCGAUAUCAACUAUACCCUACACUCAUUUGUUUAAAAAAUAAUUUAAAAAUAUAUAAAAAACCCAUAUGCAUGUAAUAUAUCAGCUAUUGUUCUAGUUGGACCAACUUCCCUUUAUUUAUCUUUAAAGUAAUAUCCAGCUACAUCUUAAAUCCAUCCAAAGAAAAUGCAGUCUGAAGACGGGAUGUGUUCUCUGCAAUGCAAUUUACUGUACAGUUAGAAAGCAAAAUGUUAAAUGAAGAGGAUUGUUUGUUUUUUAAUAAACACGUUGAGGUCUAGAUUAAAACAAAACCAACAUUUUAACUGAAUGUCUAAAGUGAUUCUCUUUCUUUCCAGGUUAGUCUUGCUUUUUUUUUUGGCUUUUUUUUUUUUUUGUUUGGGUUUGAAUGAAGAUUUUCCUUUAGACAUUAUACAAGGGGUAAUAAGUGUAUAUAACAUUAAAUAAUGUAACUUAGGUGUAGAUCCCAAAUGUAUUUGGAUGUACAGAUUUACUACAGAGUACUUUUCUGAUUCGGUGUAAAAAUGUGUGAAUUUGGGUGGCUUUUUACAUCUUGCCUGCCAUUGCAUGAAAAGUUGGGGUUUCUUCACAAUGUGUGUAUGUCAUGCUUUUCUGUUCUAUUUCCUUUCUCAAGCUCUUACAGGAAUUAAAUUUGUAAUUUAGAACAUUUUAAUUUUUGUUAAUCCUGUCUGGACACUUGUGUAACAUCAAAAGCACAGUUGCUUUAGAGUGUUCAGAAAACGAAAAUAAACUUUUCAGACAAAAA